UGACCACGGCUAUCUUCAUCUAGAAGCCUCCUUCAUGAAUCCAUUUUAACAGUAGAUUUAAUGAAAUAUAAAAGCAGUGUCACUGCCAUUUCCAUCAAAACCAUACAUCUAGAUAGAAUGGCUGCUCCUACUCCAGUUGCUAUUGGCACAAGGGGCACAAUUGGAUCUCUUGUAAAGAAGGAAAUUGAAUACUUCUCCAUGUUUGAGUUGGGGAACUCACAGAGGCCUCAGCCACACUUUGUGAACAUUGUUUCUGGAAGAGGCUAUUCCACUUCCAGGUCAAGUUUCUGGGUCUUGCUAAUGACAGGGAAGAGGAGGAAGCGAAGAGAUAACAAUGUGUUUCUCCCAAAAAUGUGUUCGGUUGCUGAAGUGGUAGAAAGCAAUAAGUGGAACAGGGUUCCUGGUUACAGCUACAGGAUCCUCAAGGAUGAUAUCAACAACUUUCAGCUCUGAUUGAACACAGUUUCUUGAAUUAGUCUGAACUUGUAUCUUGAGUGACCAAAGACUUGCAAAAUGUUCAUGUUAUUUUUCACCUUGUGAUGCCACAUUGGACAGUUUUAUUUUAUUUUUUAUUUUGGGGUUCAUGUUGAUUUCAAGUUCUCAGUAUUUCUGAUGCCUUUGGUAAUUGUGCUGUCCUGCCUUUUGUUGCUUUCAGCUCUGAUGUAAAUUCUGUGUUCUAUCGCUUGCUUAAGCAGAUUUGACCCAAUGCAGCUCAUUGGUGGAAGGAAAUAUGGUGCAGCCAAGAAGAUUAAGGACCAAAUAGUAUAUGGAUGCCAACAUAUAGAUCUGUGACCCUUUUGUAUUUCUGAACAAAAGGUUCAAGCACAAGAGUUCUUAUUUAUCAACAUAUUUGUAAUUGUACCUACAUGUCUACAUUAAUAAUUUUGGACUUGGACAUAAGGUUCUUGUGGUGAAAUAAAAUAGAAACACAAAGUGCAGAUAAAAAUAAAACAAACAGAUGUAAGCGUUCAUUGAGUCUUGAGGUCUGUCUUAGCUAUGUUGAGAGCCUCCGGGACCCAACUCACCUAAAGUUUUUUGAAUAAAAAAAAAAAAA